AUGCCCGGCAUCGGACAGUCGAUCUCCAUGCUGGUGCCAAGCCAUGCCGCCCUUUCGCCUUCAUUGCGGCCACUGGCGCGGCGCCUGCCGCCGGCGCGGCCGCCGCGACUUCCGCAACUUCCGCACGCGCCGGGCUGGAGAGGGAAGGGCAUAGCGCCGGCGGCGUGUGUGGCGCUGGCAGCCAGGGAGCUGUUCACGAAAGAUCCGCCAGCGGAGGAGAAAAGUGCCAGUGCGAGCGAGGAUUUCGACCUCGCAAAGCAGGUGGGGGUGACUCCGGGCCUGGGCCUUUUCGACCCCCUGGGCAUCAGUUCCUCGAGCGGCGUCUUCGCGCCGCUGCGCCGCGUGGUGCCGCGGCUCGGCUUCAACGAGGACCGGGGCCAAGUGGGCCUCGGCUUCGGCCUCGAGACCGGCUUCGAGCCCUGCCGCCCGGAGAUCUCUGAGGACGAGAAGUGGUUCCGGCGGCUGCGGGAGGCGGAGCUGAAGCACGGGCGGGUCGCCAUGCUGGCGGCGCUGGGCUUCGCGGCCCCGCACCUGGUGCGGGUCCCGGGCUUCGAGCAGAGCCCAGAAGGCAUUGCUGGGGGCUUGGGCAACGACACCUGGCAGCGGAUCUCCAUCUUGAUCUUCAUCUUCUGCGGCCAGUUCGAGCGGAAUCAGUUCAGACAGGAGUCAGCUAGGCCGAUCGGGGACUUCGGGGACCCGUUGAAACUGGGCCAGUACACGCCCUUCAUGCGCCUGGCCGAGCUGACCAAUGCCCGCUUCGCGAUGUUGUCCUGCGCUGUAGUGGCCUAUAUCGAGUAUUCCUCGGGCAAGCCUGCGGCGGAGGUGUGGUUUCCGGGCUGAUGCGCGACAGGGGCCCAACUGGGACCUUCCAACUGGGUGCCAGAUGGAAAACAUG